CUCCAAGAUCGAGCCGUUAAAAUCAUAAUUUGGCUACGUGUACGGUUAUUUAGAGCCUUUCUUCCCAGGAUCCGAUAAGGAAAGAUGAAAAUAACAGAAUUCAGAAAUUGGAAAAAACGAGGCUAAAGCCACUUCUUUAUAUUCAAGUUUCGCGGCAACGCCUGUUUACUUUAACUUUCUCUCUCUAACCAGCGCCUCCUUCACCCUCUCUCUCAGAUAAACCCUUUUCGUCCCCUCUUUCCCGGUCUCCCCUUCUCGUGAAAUUAUUUCCUCCUGCUAACCAAAGAACACUGUGAACUUGAGCCCUGAUCUUCUUUUUGGUGGGAAUCGGCGAAUUCUUUUUGCUGUGGAUCUAUUAUUUCGGCUGUAAAGAGUGGCAAAUUCUGAGGGUUUUUGCGAGGGUUUCUGCAGGUACAUUUACUGAAUUCAAACUUGAGCCUUUUCUUUUCGGACAAUAUAUAUUCAUCUCAGCUGGUGCGUGGUUUUAGGUUUCCACUUGCUGUGUCUCUUUUGUUGAAAGCCAGCCGCUUGUUUGGGAUUGUACUAGAUGUAUUUUUCUCGCUUUAAAUUUGAAAUUCUCUUUCUGUUUUCUGGACGGUUGGAGGCGGCAGCUCUUUCUGGGUUCCUUUUUUUGGGGGGGUUUUUUAGGGAUUAUUGAACAUUUUUGGGAUUCUUCCCGCAGCAGUUCUUGGACUAUUGCGCGGGGUAUUUAAAACCCCUUUUGAAUUGUCCGAGUUUAUCGUCUGUGAAACUUUUGAAUGCUGGGGGAUAAGUUGGGGUUUUGUGAUUAGAUAAUUUGCGAGCAUUUGACAAGAAUUGCUUCUGAAGGGAAGAAGGAAUUUUCAUUAUCUUCUAUUUGCCUUCGGCUCUUGAGCUAUGUGUAGUAUUAUGGAAAUAAUACUGAUUAUUACUUCUGUACAUACAUUUCAGAUCGUCUAGCCAGGGGAUCUCUCUGGGUUAUGUUGAAUUGCUAUAUGAAAAGGUAACCCGUUGAUUGUUCGUCAUGAAGCUGAAUUCCCAGUUCUAUAAUGAGGCAUGCCGCUAAGUUUACUUGAACGUGUUCCAGGAAAUCAACAUACAAUGCCACCGAGUAGGAAAAAAAGUGUCAACAAGCAAUUUCCUACGGACGUCUCUCCUCAGAAAAAGGCCAGGAACUGGGGAAAAAAUGUGGAGCAAGUGACUGCAGUGAAGAGGAAGUCUGCCUAUAAGUUGGGGCCACCCUGGCAUGAAAAUGAGAUACAGAAGUUCUACAAAGCAUAUCGCAAGCAUGGGAAGGACUGGAAAAGGGUCACUGCUGAAGUCGGUACUCGAUCUUUGGAAAUGGUGGAGGCUCUUUACAAGUUACAUCGGGCAUACCUAUCACUUCCUGAAGGAACAGCUUCCGUGCAUGGCCUUAUAGCAAUGGUGUCUGAUCAUUACAGUGUUCUUCAGGCAUCAAGUGGUAGUGAAAGAGAGGACAAUGGUGUUCCACAGAUGUCCCACAAAUCUCUCAAACGCAAGAGAGCGAAAGUUCCGCUUAGUGAGCAAACAGAGCUGCCUCUUGAUGGAUGCAUGUCUCUUUUGAAGAGAGUGCGUUUACUUGGUGGUCAUCCUCGUGCAGUUGGGAAAAGGACGCCUCGUUUCCCUGUUUCAUACAACAAAGACAAUGGGAUAAAUUAUGCUUUUCAGCGCAAUAGGAGGUUAGAUGCUGAUUCCAAGGAAGAAGAGGUAGCACAUGUUGCUGCCUUGGUAUUAACUGAGACAUCACGUAGAGGAGGCUCUCAAGUUUCCCAGGCAUCCUGUGGCAGAAUUGAGCAGGGCACUUCAUCACUUGUUAAAAGCAAAGAUAAGAAGGCAGAGUCAGCUCUAGAAAAACUUUAUAAUGUUUCCAUACAUGAUGGUCGGAUACCAGGGGCUAGAAGUAAGGGUAUUAGGAACGUUGAGUAUGAUGGAAAUGUAGGCUCGAUUGAAAGAAAAGAAAAAAAGAUUCGUGGAAAGAAAAUGAAAGUUGGAGUGAUUGGCCAUCUUAAGGUUGAUGGUGUGCAAGCUUCUGGGGGCACGGAAGAAGGUCAAGAAUUAAGUGGUUUGAGCAUAAAAGUUGAUGCAAAGGUUUCAAAUGGAAAGCUUAAGGUGACAUCUCCUCAAGGCGUAAAGAGAAGAAGCAAGAAAUUAUUUUCUGGAGACGAAUUUUCUGCUCUGGAUGCGUUGCAGACAUUGGCUAAUCUCUCUGUGAUGGAAUCUGAGUCUUCUGCCCAAUUGAAGGAAGAAACAAGUACAGUCGAUUUGGGGAGUAUAUCUGUUGACCAGAAUAGAGACAUAACUGAAGUCUCAUCCAUGAAGGAAAAAGUACGUGAUACAGUCAUUGGAGUUGAAGCUGCCACCUCCAGGAAGCCAAAGUCCAGAAGAGUCUCAGAAACUGAUGGUAGACAUGCGAGUGAAGCCAACCAGCCAAAUGAUUCCUUGAAUGAUAAUACCCUAAAAAGGAGACGUCCAUCUUUGGUGUCAAGAUCUCAGGCACCAAGUGCUGAAGCUGACGCAAAUCCUACUCUUAGUGAUUUACUGAAGACCAAGGACUUGCCUGGAGAAGAGAUCUUGCCUGAUAAAGAGAAACAAACCAGUGAAGUGUGCGAUCCUUCUGGACUACUGAAAAAAUCUGGUUCAGGUUACAAUGGUGAUCAGGCCAAUGAACCAAGUGGUCCAUCAGCGUCAGCUGAACAUGUUGUAAACAGUCAAACUAGUUUACCAAUGCCAUCAAGAAAAACUAGACGCAAGAGAUCCCCUAAUAAUAUAGUGGGUGAGAAGAGUGAAGCUAUUGUCUGCUCCUUGCCAUUGCAAGGGGGAGCAUCUCAUCCAAAGGAAGACGUUUCUUCUUGUCUUUCUUCUCCUUUUAUUCGUAGAUGGUGUACAUUUGAAUGGUUCUACAGUGCCAUUGACUACCCUUGGUUUGCCAAACGGGAGUUUGUCGAAUACUUGAAUCAUGUUGGGCUUGGCCACAUUCCUACUCUAACUCGUGUUGAAUGGGGUGUCAUAAGAAGUUCCCUUGGAAAACCCCGGAGGUUUUCUGAGCAUUUUCUCCAUGAAGAAAGGAACAAACUUCAACAAUACCGUGAGUCUGUGAGGAAACAUUACAGUGAGCUCCGUGCCGGUGUCAGGAGUGGACUUCCAACAGAUCUAGCAAAACCCUUGUGUGUUGGACAGCGUGUAAUUGCUAUUCAUCCACGGACAAGGGAACUCCAUAAUGGAAGAGUGCUAACAGUUGAUCAUGAAGAAUGCCUGGUGCAGUUUGACAAUUCUAAGAUUGGAGUUCAAGUUAUCAAGGAUAUGGACUGCAUGCCAUCCAACCCAAUGGAAAACAUGCCAGAGGCUCUCAAAUGGCAGAAGUACUUCGAUGCUAGGAAGCUUAACUCACUCGGGUCAGUGGAGAGUGUGCCUACUCCCAUAAAUACCAGAAUAAAGCAAGCUCAGGCUACAGAGCGUACUACUUCACAACUUAUGGCAUUAGGUAUUCAAGCUUUCGAUGCCCAAAAUGUUACUCCUGGUCAAUUUUCGGCAACGUCAGCUCUUGAUCUGACUCAUUCACUCAAUAGAAAGCAAGGAAACCAGAUGCACCUCCCUUGGUUUGCUUCCUCGGCCCAUUCCAAUUCUUAUCACAGUUCGUUUGCUUCCCAAGAUACGGGAUCUGCUGCAGCAGCUGAAAUCGUCAACAGCUCAAGACAAAGAGCUCACAAGAUGCUUGAUGCUGCUCUUCAGGCAUUCUCAUCGAAGAAAGAAGGGGAGGAUGUUUUUACUGGGAUCAAGGAGGCUUUAGAUAAGAUGGACAACAACGGGCGAGGAGUUACAUCGUCGAUGCAGAAAUCAUCAGAGUCCCAAGCGAACCUCUCAUCCUCCCUAGUCACAUCCCCAUCAGAGCUCAUGACUUCAUGCGUCGCCACUUUGCUCAUGAUCAAGAUGUGUACCGAACGACAGUAUCCUCCUGCAGAUGUGGCUCAGAUAAUAGAUUCUGCAGUCACCAACUUGCAGCCUUGUUGUUCGCAGAACCUCCCGAUAUACCGAGAGAUACAGACGUGCAUGGGAAGAAUCAAGACGCAAAUAUUAGCUCUGGUGCCAACAUGAACAUAAGACGUCAUCAUGCUCACUAUACAUGUCUUUUUGCCUGUAUCGGUUUAGAUUUGCUUCUCUGCCAUUGUAGAUAUAUAUGAUGGGGCGGAGUUUCUUCAUUUUAGGUAGGAGAUCACAUAUAACUAGAUAAUCGUAAUAGUCAAGUUUUUGCAUCCUCCCUUUUCUGCCGCUAGUUUUAGAAGCUGGGAGUUUGCUCUAUCAGCUGGGUCGAAAGAGCAAAAACUAGAAGAAGUUCUUGUGAACUUGUGAAAUGGAGCCAUGUUUUAGUUCUUACAUAUGUGAUUAUUUUAACUUUGACUAUUUUUGGCGACUAAUCUCGUCGUUAAUCUAACUAGUUAAUGACCGUGAAAUCCACGUGGAAAAUAUUGGUUGGAUUUGCUAUAGCUGGAUCCAAAUUCUUGAAUUUCAAUAAAUAUAAGUGGUUUCA